AUGGCCCUCGCAACGUAUAACAUUCUUGAUAAAUGUCCUCGAGCAGUGUCUCCAUGUCAAAGUGACCCAUGUGAAAAUGGGGGUGUGUGUCAUGAUCUCUGGUCGGAUUAUCUUUGCGAGUGCAAGAGCCCAUUUAUUGGAAGAAAAUGUGCCAAAGAAUCAUCAGAGGAAGUUGUAUUGCGAUUCACUGGGAAUGACUACAUAGAAUAUGUGAUCAAGGAGAAAUUCAAGAGAGACUUCCUGCUGAAACAGUUGCUGGAUGAUAAGAAAGAGGGAAACGACCAAAACCAAACAGGGAUUAACAUCAAGUUUAAGACCAGAAACAACGGAGUGUUAAUAUCUGUUAUGGGACAGACGGGCUAUAUCAUGCUGAAGAUUAAAGACGGGAGGCUUGUGUUCCUCUCUGAAGACGCAGUGUCAGGACACCAGUCAGAUUUCACCCUGGACUCUCCGGUGGCUGACGGGGUCUGGCAUGUCGUAUCCUUGUUCGGCAAAGGACAGAUCCUCUUUCUCGCUCUGGAUGGAAAACCAGUCUGGAACAUCACUGACCAAAGUGUGGAUCUCACUCCUGUUCAUGUGGAAAAGAUUGUUCUCGGUGCUCCUCUGACACUUGAUUCAAAGCUCCAGCAGUCAGGGUUCACUGGAUGUGUGCAGUAUCUUAAUGUGAGCGGUCACACUCUGCCUGUCAGCGGAAGCAGUGCGAUGGCGGACAUUUGGCUGAGCUGGACUCUCAUGCAGUCCAGCUGCAUCUCCCCUGGUGUCUGCCUCCCCUCGCCCUGCUCUGAGGAGGACGCUGCAAGGAGGGUUUGUCUCUCUGGACAGUGCCAGAACCGGUGGAGGUGUGGACCGACCGUGCAGAACAGCUCCUGCAUCUGUUUACAUAAUGUGUCCGGCCACGCCUGUGAUAUCUGCAUCUCUGCUAAAGACAGCCAGGAUCAGUGCUCUGGGGCUGGCAGCGGGCAUCUGUGGCUCAUUGCUGUGAUUCUUCCCCUAAUCUCCAUCCUGGUUUUUCUAGGAAUGUUUGUUGUUCUUCGUAAAGUGAGGCGGAACAAUGCAAAGUGUCUGAGUGAGAGCUUGGAGCAGAAGACAGAGCCAGGGACAGAAAAUGCUGCUUUUUGUUUUGAUGACAACCGUCCACUCACAAAUGCUGCAUCUGCAGAAAGAGAGGGACAGAAUGACUCAGUGAGGGCUGAUCAGCAGAGUUCGGAGUUGUACUGUGAUGCCUGUCCAUCAAGUGCGCAGCCAGAGCCAGUCAGUGAGCUGGAGUAUUAUGAAAUCAGCAGCAUCUCUAGUGCGUUUCACUCGGAUACUGCCUCACUCAGACUCAGCUGGCACAAGCAUCUGUACGGCACAAAGUGUGUGAACACUGAUCCUAGACGGUGUGGCGAUUUGAAGAUGCUGUCUGCAGGAUUUAAGAAAGAAGUCUCUGGUGAGGAGAGGCAACAAAGUCCAAAGAAACCUCGAAACAUGGACACACUAAACAAACUGUUAUUACCUAUGAUUGAUGCAGUGCAGACACAGCAUUCACCUCCUUGUUACAUGAAGAGGAUCCCACAACCCGAGCUUCCAGAACCUGUGCAGUGCCUCACUUUUGAAGAAAUAAGUAAAUUGAAUGCUCCUCCCGAGCAGACAUUGUCUAAUCAGGUACUCCUGAGUUGCACCCCGAUGAUGGAUGUCUCAUCCGACAGUGACACAGACAGCACGUCCACCUUAUCAGAGUCGGAGCAUGGACAAGUUUCUGUCAUCAGCACCAGGAAAUAUGGACACCAACAAUCAAACCUCUCAACACAUAGCUGCAGACAACCUUUCCCUGUGAGCAAGUCAUUUAAACUCUCUGCUGCAGGUCAGCAUGAAGAUGACAACACUCCCUCCAGUAUGUUUAAGCACUGGGAAACUAUUUUUAACAUGCAUCUACCUUAUAGCAGCUAUGUGCCUGUAUUUGAAGAUAUUGCACGUUUACCCAUGGAACCCAGUCGUAGUUAUGAUAUGCAAAGCGACAUAGAGGAAAUUAUUUGAUGGUCAUUAUACAUAUGUUACUUUUGUAAAUCCAAAAUUAAUGACACAGAAACCCUAAGUUUUAGUUUGGACUGUAACCAGGCUCUGAAAAAGCUGUGAAAUAGUAUAUCUUUCAAUCUUUUCAUUUGUGCUGG